GAAGCUGUGCUGCCUUACAAUGAAGACUUAAGUAGUAAUUAAAUUCUCGAAGAACCGCCAAGACUCCUUUGGCUGCAAUGGGGAUGUUCCGCGCCCUGGGUGCUGCGUGGUGGAGGAAAGGAUGUAGAAACAUGACUGCGUCAAAGCAGCGAAGACUCCUGUAAGACAUGGAUAGAUGCAAACAUGUUGGGCGGCUACGACUCGCCCAGGACCACUCAAUCCUGAACCCCCAGAAGUGGCGCUGCGUGGACUGCCAGACAACGGAGUCCAUCUGGGCCUGUCUGAAGUGCUCCCACGUCGCCUGCGGGAGGUACAUCGAGGAGCAUGCACUUAAACACUUUGAAGAAACCAGGCAUCCGUUGGCAAUGGAAGUUAACGAUCUGUACGUCUUUUGUUACCUUUGUGAAGAUUAUGUCUUGAACGAUAACCCGGAGGGGGAUUUGAAAUUGCUGAGAAGUUCUCUGUCAGCAAUUAAAAGUCAAAAGCAUGAUCCGUCGACGAGAAGCGGCAGGACAUUGAGAUCGAUGGCGUUGGGAGAGGACGUGUGCAGCCAUCAGAGGAGCCCUCAGGGACAAUCUCAGAUGCUUACAGCUCUCUGGCACAGGCGCCAGUCCUUGCUUGCGAAGGCGCUGCGGACCUGGUUUGAUAAGAGCUCUAGAGGCCAGCUCAAAUUAAAACAGAAGAAACAAAUGGAAGAGUUGGAGAAGAAGAAGGAGGCAGCCAGGCAGCGGCGGCAGGAGAUGAAGAGACAGCUCCUGGAGGAGCUGGCAAACACUCCUCCACGGAAGAGCGCGAGGCUGUUGACUCACGUGCACAGAGAGAACUUGAUUCCAAGGAAAUUCAGGGAGGUGGCGACCGCUUCCCCUACCUCAAGGCAGAUGCAGAGCAGCAGAUUCAAACAGUUUUAUUCCAUCCGGCGUAAGCCUCUGAUGACUCCCGGGGUAACAGGUCUAAGGAACCUGGGAAACACAUGUUACAUGAAUUCUAUUCUGCAAGUGCUAAGUCACCUCCAGAAAUUUAGAGAAUGUUUUUUGACACUUGAUCUCUGUGAAACAGAAGAACUCUUAGCCAAAACUGUGAACGGGAAGUCUAGGAUGCCUGGCAAAUUGGCAAAUGGGGCUGCUGCUAAUGAGUCAGGGAAGACUGACAAAGUGGGAUCAUAUGGCACGCAGAGCUUGCCAGCUGGCUUAAAUGGCGGCUCCUCAAUAAGCAGGAGUUUAGAACUAAUACAGCCCAAGGAACCGAGUUCAAAGCACAUCUCCCUCUGUCACGAAUUGCACACCCUCUUCAGAGUGAUGUGGUCUGGCAAGUGGGCGCUGGUGUCCCCCUUCGCCAUGCUGCACUCCGUGUGGAGCCUCAUCCCCGCGUUUCGAGGCUACGACCAGCAGGACGCUCAGGAAUUUCUCUGCGAGUUGUUGGAUAAAGUACAGCAGGAGCUGGAGUCGGAAGGAACGAAGCGCAGGAUCCUCAUCCCUUUCUCCCAGAGGAAGCUCACCAAGCAGGUCCUGAAGGUGGUGAACACCAUUUUUCACGGGCAGUUGCUUAGUCAGGUCACCUGCAUAACAUGCAACUACAAAUCCAACACCGUUGAGCCCUUUUGGGAUCUUUCCCUGGAAUUCCCCGAGCGCUAUCACUCCAUGGAGAAGGGCCUGGUCCCUGUUAGCCAGACGGAGUGCAUGCUGACCGAAAUGCUGGCCAAGUUCACCGAGACGGAAGCUCUGGAAGGGAGGAUUUACGCCUGUGACCAAUGCAACAGCAAACGGCGAAAGUCUUCUCCUAAACCUCUUGUUCUGAGUGAAGCUAAAAAGCAGUUAAUGAUCUACAGACUACCUCAGGUCCUCCGGCUGCACCUUAAACGCUUCAGGUGGUCUGAACGUAAUCACCGUGAGAAGAUUGGGGUCCAUGUCCUCUUUGACCAGGUAUUAAACAUGGAACCUUACUGCUGCAGGGACUCUCUCUCCUCUCUUGACAAAGAGACCUUUGUCUAUGACCUCUCCGCUGUGGUGAUGCAUCACGGGAAAGGGUUUGGCUCAGGACACUACACAGCAUAUUGCUACAACACAGAGGGAGGGUUUUGGGUCCACUGCAAUGACUCCAAACUGAAUGUAUGUAGCGUGGAGGAGGUGUGCAAAACCCAGGCCUACAUUCUUUUUUACACUCAAAGAACAGUGCAGGACAAAGCAAGAAUCUCAGAAAAACAACUCCAAGCUCAGGUGCCCUCCAAAAAUAGUGAUAAGGACAGAAGACUGACAUUCCCGUGAUGGGGAGCUCUGUAACUCAGUCAACAGUCUCAGUUUGUUUUUUUUUUUCAAAACCAUUGGCGUUCACAUCUUUCCUCUUUGUAGGAAAAAAAAGGCUCGCUGCAGGAAGGGGAUCACAUCGCGGUGUUUGUCGCCCGGGGUCUGGACAAGCGUGUCGAGGUGUGCGAUCCCGACACGUACGAUUGUAGUCACAAUCUUGGUUUUAAAGCAUCUUGUUGUCAAGUUCCGCUCACAAAAUGAAAUGAGGGAGUUUGAUGCUGUAUGUCAUUCAUCUUGUAUCAAAAAGGAUUUGCGUGAGGCGUGUAACAAAUGAGCACGAGCAGGAAUUAGAAGCAUUCAGCUGGCUUCAAAAACCAUCAGCCCCUAGUAAUGCUGAUAAAACUCCAGAAGGAACAGGUACAGUACCCUCCCCUUCAAUUGCCAUUCAGAUUUCCGGGGUCUGAAUCACACAGUCACCCAGGUAUUUAUUUGAACGGUUGUUGGAUAGAUGGAGUUGACUGCCCUGAGAGCCAUUCUUGCUGGAGAAAUGGUUAACGUUCUUCUACCAGAGAAAAUGUUCCCCCAGGCUCAGCUAUUUCUUUGCCAUCAGUCAAGGGCAAACCCAUGGCUGGCAACCUUUGCCAGCAGCGGUUUUUCUCAGUGUUACUGAGGUUCUGUGCACACUUGAAGGUUUAUUCUCUGGGCUGAACUGAAUUGGCAGCUAAAUUCACUAGGAAUGUGAUUUUUAAACAGUUCAGCUCUGGAGAAGGUGUGUUUAAAAACAAAACCAGAACGGUGUAGUACAACAGGAAUGUACCUGUGUGUUGUAUCUGUUUACGUAUCUGGCAGCAAAAACAAAGCCUGUGCUACGGGCUUCUGCUGGCAGAACUUUUGUCAUCGGGAUUAUAGAGAGGUCUGAGCCCUGGCUUGCACAGCUGUGGCAGCAGAAGUGGGGGACGUGGAGGCAUCGUACACUGGCAAAGUAGCACUUUUGUACAAGGGUGGUUUGUUUUCCCCAGGGGAAACAGGGUGGUGGUUAAUCCUGCAACGGUGGGAGACACAGCGAGGUUCUGUCACUGCUUCUGGAAUGGAAAUCGUCAUGAAUUGCAGUUGUCACACCAAACCUAAGGCAUUGGGGGUCACACAGGCACCGUGGGCAGAAUUCAGCCUCUGAAGUCUUUAUUUCUGCUGGGACAUAAAGGGAAGGAAUGUAGUUAAAUCUCAAAUUCCAUGUCGAGUUUGAAAGGUUACAAAAAUGUCUGUAUCUAAUCAUCUUGAUUUUAGAAUCCUGUGAGAAACAUAAGGGCCUUAGUUGACUAUUUAUAGUCACUUCUCAGCCUCCAGUUGCACCUCAGGUGUUUUUAUAAUUUAGGGUUUGGAUGUUCACAUUUCAUGUUUUAAUCAAAUCUGAAUAUGUAACUGCAGAGAGACAUGAUGUCUUUCGCUCUUGAUGGUUUGUUGUUUGUUUUUUUUUUUAAACUGGUUAAAAGUGAAGUAACCUAAAAUAUGAGGUUCUUCCAAAAAAUCAGUUCCGUUUUCAGGCAGAGAAGUUGUGAAAGUGUGUUUCGCUUCCUCCCUCUUCUCCUUUGAAUUCUUGUCAGCAUUUGCCCGUCAGACACACGCUGACAGCCCUGUGUCGUUGUUGGAGGGGGUGAAGAGCUCGGUGCGAACCUCCCGGGGACCUUCUCCCCACUGGAACCAGGGCCGGGACAAGCUUUUGGCGAGAUGUCGGGCUACAGGAGGGGCUUCCCCAGGGAGCCCGGUCCCUGGCAGGCUGGACAACGCCCCCGCCGCCCUCGUGGGCCCUGGAUCGCCCACCACAAGCCACCCUGGGAGCCCCAGCACAGGAGAGGAAGGCACACACAGCACCCGCCCAGGCCCUGGGCCCCCAGAGGCUUCCAUGGCCCUGCCAAUUUCCAUGGGAAUGAGGAGGACGGGAGAUGGGCACCCCACGACUGUCCCCCACCACCCCCUUGGGAUGACAGAGAAGAUGGCCGAGGACCUGAGGACCGGUUCAAAGAAGACUGGGACCCGGUGAGGGGACGAUGGGCACCCCACGACCGUCCCCCACCACCCCCUUGGGAUGACAGAGAAGAUGGCCGAGGACCUGAGGACCGGUUCAAAGAAGACUGGGACCCGCCUGGUCCCUGGUACUGCGGACCCGCCCCUGACUCUGUCGACUUCCCUUGGGAUGAGGAGGACAGGAGAUGGGCAUCCCACGACCGGCCCCCGCCACCCCCUUGGGAUGACAGAGAAGACCACCGAGGACCCGAGGGCUGCUUCGAAGAGGACUGGC